CGUAUCCAGGACUAAGAAAAGCAAAAUCUCAGAUGCGGAAGACGAGCCUACCGACGAGGGCGAUGACGACGAAUUCCCUGCAACAACCGCACAGGCCGCAGCUGCAAAGCUUGUCUUUGGCGCAAGUGCCGCAUCGGAUGGCGCGACAGCCCCUCGUGGCAAGCGGUCGUUUGCCGGCCGCUCGCUGCACCUGCACCGCAACAUCCUUCGCCUUGGCAGUGAUAUGUUUGCAGCCCAGCUGCGCGGCUGCUGGUCGGCCGGCGAUGCGCCAGCGGCGCCAGCUGCCGGCUCGGGCACAGCCUCCUCCGCAGCCUCCGGUUGCACUGGCAGCGGAUCCAAGGCGGAUGUCGGAGUCGCACGCGCCGCAAUCCGCUUCAUCUAUACUGGCAAGCUUGAGCGCGAGGCGUGCGGGGCGCCUGAGGCCGCCGCCGCCGGCAGCGGUAGCCACAGCAAAGGCUGCAGCAACAGCGGGACCCUUGUCGGCAGUAGCAGCAGCAGCGGCGGUGGUCUGAGCAUACCGGAGCUGCUGGCGGUCCGGCGGCAGGCAUGCUUCAUGCAGAUAGGCGAUUGUGUUGGGGCCUGUGACAAGGAGCUGUGUAGCUUAUUGGCCGCCACUGGCCCGCCACUGCCACCGCCAGCAACUGGGAAGCCCGCCGCUGGCGCCGCCAGGCCGUCGGCGGCAGCGGCAGGCCGCGUUGGUGCCAGCGGCGGCACUGCCGCCGCCACUGCCGCAACCGCGGACGCCGCCGUGCCGCCGGUGCUGCAGCUCUAUGCUGAUGAGUCGCUGCUGCCUCUGGAGAGCGAGGAGCCGGACAGCUUCAAGGCUGUGCUAGCGGCCGCGCACAAGGCGCUGGUCGCGCACUUCACCAGCGCGCCCACAACGCUCAACUCAGCGGUCCUGACGAAGCAGCUGGAGGAGCUGCCGGUCGCGGCCAUGGAAGCUCUGCUGGCUUCCGAUAGCUUCUCCACAGACGACGAGUCCAGCGUGCUGCUGCUUCUCGCCAAGUGGCGCGCGGCGGACCUGGGCAACCGCGGCAGCGGCCAGGAGCUGAAGACGCUGUGUGCGCUGGUGCGGCUGUCGCAGCUGGGGCCGGUGUACCUACGCUACAUCCUUCCAGAGCAGGGCUAGUUCCCGCUCACACGCCGGGAGCACAUCUUCCUAAUCGACUGGGCGGCGGCGCGGGAGCCCGACCGGCUGCGUCUGCAGGGCCACGAGGCGGCGGCGGCGUAUAUAGCGGCGC